UGUGCGUGUUAGAGGUGCAGAGAUCUGCUUUCCAAGCGGAGCUGCAGCAGUGUGCAUCACGUGUGAACCCAAGGGGCGGGCUUUUGGCAAGGAGCUUUUUUACGAGUAUUUACUACAAGGUCUACUCCAGAAGAUUAACAUCCCCACUCCUGUCAGUUUCCGAUGCCAUGCCCGGCUAAAAAGAGCGAUAGUAAUAAUAAUAACAAUAAAAACUGCAAGCCCAAGUCAUCUGCUCGCUGCCGAUCGUCCGCAAGGAAUGGCCGAACCUUUUGCGAAUGAGUUGGCGUCCGCAGCUGCCAGAGGGGACCUAGCGCAACUUACUAAUUUGUUGGAAAAUAAUGUAAACGUCAAUGCACAAAAUGGAUUUGGGAGGACUGCGCUGCAGGUGAUGAAGUUGGGGAACCCGGAGAUCGCGCGGCGGCUGCUUCUGCGGGGCGCCGACCCGAACCUGAGGGACCGCACCGGCUUCGCCGUCUUGCACGACGCGGCGCGCGCGGGCUUCCUGGACACGCUGCAGACUUUGCUGGAGUUCAAGGCGGACGUGAACGUGGAGGACAGCGAGGGCAACCUGCCCUUGCACUUGGCCGCGCAGGAGGGCCACCUGCCCGUCGUGGCCUUCCUGCUGGAGCGCACGGCGAGCCGCGUGGGGCACCGCAACAAGAAAGGCGACACCGCCUACGACCUGGCUCAGCUCUACAGGAGGAGCGCCGUCGCCAAGCUGCUCGAGGGCCGCGCAGGAGGCAGCCGGCGGACGGAGGGUGCCGACGGCAGCGGGGACUGAAGCCCCUGGCCGCGUCUGGCUCGCUCGCUCGGACUCCGGCAGAAGGAGGGAGAGCUUCUGCCUUCCCUGCCCACCUUCUCCCGCCCCUUCUCCCCCUGUCCCGUCUCUCCAUCUUAACCAGACCACAUCAGUAAAUAUUGUAGGUCUCUUUCCAUGGCAGACGUGGGGGUGAUUUUCUUUCUUUCUCUGGAAGAAGAAGAAAUAUCACGCCAGUAGCAGCAGCUUUUCUCAAAGGCGGGAGAGUAAAACCAGCCUGACGGCCGGUGGCUUUCUUUCUUUCUCUCUCUCUCUC